UUCUCGGCCGACUCGCAAACGAAGCGGGUCUUCCUUCUUUCCUUUCUGUCUAACUUACUCACCUGUCAAACUGUCCUCUUUAUCUGUCUUCCCAGGUGUAAGUGAAUACCACAAUGCCAACUGUUCCGGACGUUAAGAUCGAGAAAUUCGUUCCUAAAGGAUGUAUGCCCCAACGCUACGUAUUCGGACUCAUGGGGUUCCUCGCUGUGGCCAACGCCUACGCGAUGAGGAGCGUUUUAAGCGUCGCCAUCACAGAGAUGGUUGUAGUGCAUCAUGGGAAAUUGGGUCAACACGUUCUCAUACCCGACCCAAACGCUUGUCCGAUACAAAACUCCUCAACUAAACCUCAUCAUUACAACCCAGAAAACGAAUUUGACUGGGAUGAGAAGACUCAGGGAUACAUUCUCUCUGCCUUCUUCUGGGGCUAUGUCCUCACCCACAUUCCCGGAGGACUUCUUGCCGAGAGAUUUGGUGGGAAGCAGACCCUCGGGCUGGGGAUUCUCAGCACUUCAAUUUUGACGAUCCUGACUCCGUUUGCCGCCCGAGCAGGGCCGAGGUGGCUCAUAACCACAAGAUUUGUCGAAGGUCUUGGAGAGGGCACCACGUUCCCAGCACUAAACGUUCUACUGGCUCAAUGGGUACCUCCCAUGGAAAGAGGGAAAUUGGGUGCUUUGGUGUUUGCAGGUAACCAGAUCGGAACUGUGGUGUCCAGCACUCUUACCGGCGUCAUGCUACAACAUUGGGACGGAGAUUGGCCUUUUGUCUUCUACUUGUUUGGUGUCCUCGGGGUCGUGUGGUACGUCGUGUUCUGCUUCCUUUGCUACAACGACCCUGCGUCUCACCCUUACAUCUCUACCGAGGAGCGGGAAUACCUGUCGGAGACUAUUGGCUGCCUCAAGCGUAGAGAGAACCUGGCUCCUACCCCCUGGAAGGCGAUGGCUCUAUCAAUCCCUCUCUGGGGCCUGAUCAUCGGCCAGAUUGGACAUGACUGGGCUCUGUUCACCAUCCAAACAGAUCUGCCAAAGUACAUGAAGAGCGUAAUGCAUUUUACCGUUGCUCAGAACGGCUUCCUCUCUUCUCUUCCCUUCCUGGUCAUGUGGUUCACUGCUCUCUUCUCUGGCUGGCUUUGCGAUUUCCUCUUAGCUAGAAACAUCAUAAGUGUCACAAUCUGCAGGAAAACUUUCACAACCAUCGCGUCCGUCGGCCCAGCCCUAGGCUCCCUGGCAGCUUCAUACGCAGGGUGUGACAAAGUGAUGGUGGCAACAUUGUUCGCCAUUGGUAUGGCUUUCAUGGGCUUCUUCUACCCAAGCUUGAAGGUCAAUGCCCUAGACCUCUCCCCCAACUAUGCAGGGACUCUCAUGGCAAUUGUCAACGGUAUCGGAGCCAUUGCUGGGAUAAUUACCCCGACUCUGAUUGGCUACCUUACUCCCAAUAGCCAUAUGCUGGAGUGGCGACUUGUGUUCUGGAUCAGUGCUGGAGUCGUUCUGAUCACAAACGUUCUCUAUUGCUUUAUGGGUGCUGCUAAGGUGCAGCCUUGGAACGAUAUUGAAUCGUCAACUAAUGAAGAAGCUGUUAAAUGGAAAUCUUCUCAAGAAGAUGGUCUUCCUAAUGACAAGCAUAUAGAGCUUGCUCCGAAAAAAGUUUAACGUCUAGAUUAUUUAGUUAAUAAGCUUUUGGUACUUCACUUGUAAAUAUUUCUGUACAUAGUUUUACUUAAGAGAAUAAAUUUGCCAAACCCAUCAUAAACUUAGUUUGUAACAUACUUUUAUAUUUUUGAGAGAUUGGUUAAUGCCGCCGAGUUUUGUAAAUAGUUUUUUAUGUUAAAUUUGACCAAUAUAUAUGUUUUUUAAAAGAAAAUUGUAGGAAUAUUUUGAAUUUGAGUUUCAUAAAAUAUUUUUUAAACAGGAGCGAGCUGGUCUAGCGGUAGAGCACAGGACUUCGCUCCCUAAGGUCUCAGAUUCAAAUCUCCCCAAUAAAACCACCUUCUCUAGACCUAGCUUUGAGUACCUAAUGUAUAUAACAAUUCCUGGCUAAAACCUAGAGGUAUAAAAAAGAAUUUUAAUAUGUAAAAUAGUGUAUUUUACACAAUCUAAAUGUUAAAACAGAUGAUAAUAUCCUAGCAAAUAGCAAACACUGUUGGCUGUGAUAUUAUACAUAUGCUAAACAAUUAAUGAUUAUGUCAAAAGAAAUUAUUUUUCAUGUAAUUAUUUUUAAUACUCAACUUAUCCACCUUAUAGUAAAAUUUAAGCUGAAGUUAACUUAUUGUUAACUGUAUUUCCUUACACGCCCAGAGAGAACUUACUUAAGACUAGCCAAUCCUUAGUCAAUGCCAUAACUGAAUAAAUUAUCCAAUAUCUUAGUAGCUCAAUAUAGAUGGCCUCUAUAAUAAGAAGGAAUACACCAUCUUAAUUUUAGGUUCUCUUCUUCCCACCUUAAAUUGUUUAAGGUUUGUAACAAGUUUUUUUUUCAUUUUUGAUAGGUAUAUGUUUAUGUGAGAAAAAUUAGAUUAAUAGGAUGGUCGAAGUAGCUAUUAAUUAAGAAUGUGUUCUUUACAUGUAAUAUUUAUUUGUACAUUAGUGCAAUUUAGAAGACCUAUCUCCUUUCUUUGAAUGUACAAAGUGAAAUCUUUGUACUAAAGAUACAAAAGAUAUUAUACUUAAUAAUUGCAAACUAUUAAAUAAUUUGCUUUUUAAAAUGCAUACAUAAUUAUUUACCUUUAAUUAUAAGUAUUUCAUUUAGGUUUUAAACUAGACUUUGUAGCGACUGUGAUUAUUACAAUUUGGCUAUUUUGCUAAUAAAGAUUUGUUGGAAUUAA